AUGCAAAGUCCUACGGUUGAACGGGUGGUCAGGCUGAAGAUCCAACAGGCUGUGAUACCCAGCAUACCGCCGAUAGAUGGUCUGCCCAUGCGGCGGUGGUCCAUGGAUAUUUGCCUCGUGGGCCCACAGGGAGAAGAGGUACCUGCGCGUAUCUUCGAGUCGUGCACGUACUUUCUGCACCCGACGUUCGAGCAUCCAAAAAGGCGCUUCACCGUUCCACCAUUCCGGCUGGAUGAGCAGGGCUGGGGGGAGUUCGACUUCAAGAUCGUCGCCAAGUUCAUCCAGAAUGGCGGCCGGGCUACCAUCAACCACGAGCUGUCGUUUUCGGAGAGCGCCGUCGCGGUCGACUUCACCAUCAUGGUACCGUACCACAUUGAUGAGCUCCGUAAGGUAUUAUUAGAAAGCGGGCCAGUGCCCGACUACAGUAUAGAAGACCGGGACGACCACCCAGUGAGGCAGAAGAUACCCCAAAUGGCGACUGCCAUCGCGGCUGCGAACGAGGAGAUUGUGGGCGAGGUAGUGAAAACUAUAGUUGCGUAUCCAGGAGUCAGUGAUGCACUGCUGAAGCGUCGCCACAGGACAGAGGAAUUCGUUAUUCAACUGGGACAGCUGCCAAGCAGUGUACUGGAGAUUUUAUUUAAUAUUUUACAGGGACAAUACUAG